CAUAAUAUCAUCAAAAGGUUCAGAGAAUCUGGAGAAAUCACUCCACGUAAGCGGCAUGGCCGGAAACCAACAUUGAAUGACCUUGACCUACAAUCCCUCAGACGGCACUGUAUCAAAAACUGACAUCAAUCUCUAAAGGAUGUCACCACAUGGGCUCAGGAACACUUCAGAAGACCACUGUUACUAAAUACAGUUUGUCGCUACAUCUAACGCAUCUUCGAGGAUCACGAGAACCUGGUGGAGAACCUCUUGAACUGGACCAGAGACAGUCAGAACCGCCUCAUGUUCACGGAGCGGGUAGAGAAGUACGCGCUGUUCAAGAACCCGCAGAACUAUUUGUUGGGGCGGAAGGAGACGUGCGAGAUGGCCGAGAGGAACAAAGAGGCUCUGCUGGAGGAGUGCUUCGGGGGCAGCUCUGUGUCCGUGCCCGAGAUGGAGGGCAUGCUGUGGCUGAAGGAAGACGGCAAAAAGUCAUGGAAAAAGCGCUACUUCCUUCUUCGGGCCUCUGGAAUCUACUAUGUCCCCAAAGGCAAAGCUAAGGCGUCCCGAGACCUGGUGUGUUUCCUCCAGCUGGACCACGUCAAUGUGUACAGCGGACAAGACUACAAGAACAAGUACAAAGCUCCCACAGACUUCUGCAUGGUGCUCAAGCACCCUCAGAUCCAGAAGAAGUCUCAGUACAUCAAGUACCUGUGCUGCGAUGACAUCAGGACCCUGCAGCAGUGGGUGAACAGCAUUCGCAUCGCUAAAUACGGGAAGCAGCUGUACACCAACUAUCAGGAUGCCAUGAGGAGGACGGAGGCCGCCUACGACUGGUCCUCGCUCUCUUCCUCCUCCAUCAAAUCGGGAUCCUCCUCCUCCAGUCUUCCAGAGUCGCAGUCCAACCACUCAGACAGCGGCGUGUCGGAGAUGACGUCAUCAGGCCACACCCGCUCGCAGAGUGCCGUCAGCUCCAUCUUCUCUGACGCGUGGAGGAGAGGAACGCAAGGAGGAGAGAUGAUGAAGAUGGACGCCAUCAGUAGGCCCAUCCCCCUGCAGAUCCCCAACCUCUCUUCCCAGCACCUCCCUCUCUCCCAGCCUCAGACUCCACCCUCCCGGGGAAGUUACAGCGACGGGAUGGUUCCCCAUGAGGAGUACUCCUCGCCGCCAGUGGUGAACAUGGCCCAUCAGGCGGCCGCCUACGUCAAGUACAGCACGCUAGCUCGCCUGCAGAACCAGAACCAGAACCAGAGCCAGAUCCAGUCCAGAGCGCAGCCGCCCGGUGCCGCCCAACCUCCCACCUACAACACUCUGCCCGCCACUUACAGCACGCCUCCCCCACCUCCUCCACCCUCAGAGCCAGUUCAAGGCGCCGCCGCGACUGUGCUGACGUUGGGUCUGCAGAGUCCCUCAUCUCUUCCUCCUCUGCCGCUGGAUGACGAAUCGUCGUACCUCCCGCCGCCACCACCCGAGAUCCUGGAAGCCAACGGGUUUCUCCCACCACCAGAGUCCCACACUCAACUGUCCAACGCCGGCCUCAAGCACUUUCUGGCACAGAAGUUCCCAAACAUGGUGUAUGACUUCCCUUCGCCUGGGGAGUCCACACCUCUUCAAGCACCCACCCUGCUCUCCACCCCUGCGUCCCCCAAUGCACCCCCUCCAGCACCGCCCAAAACCUUCACUGGUGGUUUUCCCCCUCAGACCGCCCCUAAACCCCCAGGUCCAUCUUCCCUCCCAAUUGCACAGUCACCAGUGUCCCCUACACCCCCCCACGGCCCUGUAAAGAAGCAGCAAAGUUUCUCCACAGGCCACUCCCCCAAUCAGCCGCCGCCUACCCUCCCUAAGCAGCACAGUCUCUCCUCCAAGAACCUUGCCUUGUCCCCCUCCUCCUCCUUCAUCUCCAUGGCUACAUCAUCUCUAGUCAAACAGAUCGUUAACCAGUUCCCAGGAAACGUUGCCGCUUCCCCCUCGCUUCCUUCCUCCAACUCCAUUGAGGGCUCAAAGUUCAAUCCCCCCCAGUCUCCCCCAGCAGUCAAGGCCAAACCAAAAUGGCAGCCGGGAGGCGUUGUCGCCACGCAGUCGCCAGAAUUCCCCCCACCUCCUCCUGACAAUUCCCUUGCAGAGUUUCCCCCUCCGCCCUUCUCCAAAACAGGUUCCCCCAUCAAACAAUCCCCUUCCACCUCCUCCAGCAAGCGAGGCCCCCCUGCCGCCCCGCAGAGAGCCUCCUCCAUGCGCUCAAACUCGGGCGAGGCGGCGGACGAGAGGCCCAAGAAGGUGGAAAGUCUGGUCAAUAAGUUUGGACAAGCUCCUCAAACGUCUACAUCCUCCAGCUCCUCCUCAGCGACUGGUUCGCCUUCAAAGGAGUUCUCUGCGUUUCCGACGCCGCCUCCCAAGCCGGGGAAGCUGAAUCUGGCCAACCUGCCUUUGGCGCUCCAGGGGCUGCAAGCGGCUCAGCACCAUCAGGCGUCUUCAGAGUUCCCGUCUCCGCCGCAACAUCUGGAGUCGUCCCCAGACUACUUCCCGCCCCCACCCAGUGACUUUGAGCUCUUCCCUCCCCCGCCCCACCCCUCUGAGUUUCACCAGCCGCCUAGGGUGGCCGUGGUCAACCCCCAGCCUCAAACGCAGCCUGCAGCACCUUUGUCGUCUUCAUCGUGGAAGCAAACCUCCCUCAAAAAGGGGGCUGUGCCUCCACCCACACUAAAUCGUCGCACUAGCAACACAGCCCCUUACGACGCUUCACUACCAAUGUCGCCGCCCCUCUCUCAGACCCCGCCCCCCUCCUUGUCUUCCUACUCCUCCUCUACCCCGGUGCCUCCCACAUCCCCCAAAUCCACGGGGCCGAGCACUCUGGCACUUAAGACUCAUUUCCUGGAAGACCUGAACCGUACCCUCAAGAGGAAGUCGGUUUCCCGCCACGGGUCGCUCACGUCCUCCCAACUAGUCCCUUCGACCAAGAUGGAGCCCGUGGCCACCAUGGACGACAUGGCUCUGCUGCCGCCCCCUCCGCCGGAGCUCCUGCAUCAGCAGCAGGACGCCCGCCACCACACGCAAACGCUGUCCCGUCACCACGCCCGCUCUCAGUCCGCCAAACUUAGCUCCAACAUUUCCGGCUAUGCAACGCUGCGGCGAGGGCCGCCACCUGCGCCGCCCAAACGGGACCAAAGCACUAAACUGACCAGCGAGUGGUAGAGGACAAAGUGGACGUGCAGAGUCCAGUGACUUGAUUGAUUCAAUUGAACAGGAAAAGAAGGCGGGUCACUUCUGACAAAACAGGAAACAAAUUAUACACCUCAUUACUCUUCAUAUUACACGCAUAUGUUGACACUACAUACCGAAAGUGAAAGUGAAACCAUGAAAGACGCGGGAGUGUUUCUAGAAUGAACGAGCCUUCAUUUUAAGCCUUUUCUGUGUUUUUAUAGAAGAUUAUUUAAUUGUUUCAGGUUGAAAGGAGCAUUUGCUGUCCAAGUGUUAUUCAUCUUGCUUAAACUUUACAAAAUCACUAAGUUUUCUACGUUCAUCAUUUCUUGACCGAGUGGAAACCAAGUCAGCGGCCAUCUUGCUUGGCUCACAGUAGCAGGGGAGGAGCUAUGCAAAGUAGGAAGCGCCCCAAAGAACACCACAUCACUGUGCUCUUUGCCAAAAGUCAAUCCCAUCUAUCAAUAACUGAUCAAUCAUUAUGUUACUCUAAUAAACCGAUCACAUUGUU